AUGGGCCUUGUGAGCAGCACGGUGCGCUCCAUAGUUGGCGCCCCGUCUGCGCACGACGGGCAACAAGCAUCUGCAGUACCAACGGACGCGCAACAAAAUUCCGCACCUGAUGUGCACGACUUCAGUGAUACAAUCGAUGCAGCUGACAGCCUGAUAGUUCUUCAUUCUGACCCGGAUGAGCAAGAAGAACCACAACAAUUAGACCACGACGAAAAAAAUGGACGUAGACGCUCCUCGACCACUUCACCCACUGCGAAACUGUCGCAACGCAGCAGACCGAAAAAGUUUCAGCGACAGUCGGCCAUAUCAACACGAACAUCUGGUGCGAAAGAAGACAACAAGGGUUGGAUAUCUUUAUCCAGAAAAGUCGGUCUACUUCAAGAACAAGAGCAUACCUCAGAUACAACCGGGAGCCAAGUAGAACAAAGCGUAACAAAUACUGCUGCGGGCUAUGGAGCUAAGAAGGCAGUGAAGAGCUCGUCGUCUACCACGAAUUCUAGCGAAGCAGAUGCGAUGAUAACCUCAAAAUUGGAAGAACUAAAAUCAGAAAAGGUGUCGGCUGCACUCAACCACACUAGUAGUGCAACAAAAGAAGUGCCAGGGCGUGUGGCCUGUUCAUCUGUCGACGUUGGGCAGAAGUCUCCUGUACCUGUAGCUACAGCCACAUCCGCUUUUCGGUCGUCGACGGAGCGGCCGGCUCUUCUCGUGUCCACAACGCCACUAAAAGCAGCAAAACGGCCAAGUUCGAGCAUCAACGCUGCAACGCUUGAUGUGGAUGUCGCCAAUAAAAAUAAUGAAGCAGACCAUGUUUUCGUAGAUCCUACUGAGGCUGUGAGCCCUCUACCAACGAAAUGUCGCAGAAAAAUAUCCGCUCCCCGGUACUUUCAGAGUCCACGACCAUAG